UUUUGAUCAAAAAAAUGUUUUUUGAUGAAGAUGUUUCUCAAAGUUCCAAUAAUGAAAACAUUAAAGAAUCUGAACGAAAAAAUUCUACAGGCUUGAAGCCGUUAACUUUUCGUGAUUGUGUGCUUAGAGUUAAUGAAAUUUAUGAGAAGUCUACCAAUGUAUUGGAGGAUAAAGAUAAAUAUAAAGUUAUUCAACAGACAAUAAGACGUUAUUUUGAUGACGAAGAUCCUGAAGAUGUUUUUGAGGGUUUUCUGAAUUUAGUUAUUCAUUUGGAUAAAAUAACAACGUUAUUAGCAAAACAAUAUGAUCUUUCAUUGGUUAUAACUGCUCUCAAUGCCUACAAUGAUUUUCUCAUAGGCAAACCUGAAUUAACUCAAAAAGCGCAGAAUAUUGAUGAUGUUGAUUUACUUACAAAUGCAUUGAAAAUUGUAUCAGUUCUCAAAGUCAAGCAUUUAAAUUUAAUUGUAAGAACAUUUCACUUGAAUGAUGUUUCGAUGACUUUUGCUGCAACAAAUAUGAUUAAUGAACUUCUCAUAGCUGAAGAUUUUGUAAAAGCCGUUCAAUGGAUGGCGCUUCUAAAUCUUCGUGAUCAUUACCCUUUUGAACAGGUUUUCAAUAAUAUUUUUAUGUUGCUUAUGGGGUUUAUAUCUUUUGGCGCUUUUGAGUAUUUUUGUAUCCUUGUCUGGAUCAUUUUUGGUUUGGUUCUCAUUAUAUCACUUUCAAUUAUUUUAAAGCUUACUGCCAUCAGAACUGUUUGCCGUCUUCUCCUUUUGGAAAAUGAUGAGACUUUGAAACUUUUUGUUGGCGAAGCUGAAUAUAGGCACAAAAAGUUGCUGAAAAAGAUGGACGAACUUGUUGGUCUACAUAUGAGGCACCGGAAUGGAGUGGAUGAAUAUGAGAAUAGACUUAUAGCUGAUCAUAAGAGACUUGUCAAGCUUGCCAUCAAAUACGCUAAGAAGUACAAAACGCCUGACAGUGACAUUGCAAAUGUAAUGAUUCAACGUGCUUACGACGCUUUGCUUUACAAUCAUUUUUGUUGGAAAGAUGGCAAACAUUCUUGGCCCCCACUUAGUCAAAGCGAAUUUAUUAGAGAAAAAUAUUUCAAUUUUCUGCUUGAUAAAGGUCUGGGCGAUAAGGCUUUGUAUUUUGCUCAUUUACUUAAACUUCCGGAGUCUCAAUAUCCUAGAAGAUUGGCUUAUUUUAUGGAAAAUAUACAGCCAAAUGAAAUUGACUCAAUUCGUGACAACAUAACAAAGAAUCUUGAAAUUCGUAAACGAAAUCAAGAGAUUGAACAAGAAUUUGAUUGUUCUUUGGAUGAUGGCACGCCAAUUAUUUUGGUAGAUUCUUUAGAAUCUUUGGAUGAUGUUAUUGAAGUAUUAAGAAAUGGCGGGGAGAGGUUAUUGGGAAUUGAUGCAGAAUGGAGACCACAUUAUCUUGCGGCCGAUGAAAAAAUUUCGUUAAUCCAAAUAGCCACCUCCAAAGUAGUUUAUAUUAUUGAUGUAUUACGUCUUGAAGUCGAAUUAGAAUUAACUGAAUCUGAAUGGACAAACUUCUUUGAUGCUUUAUUUUGUACUCCAAAUGUUAAAAAAAUUGGUUAUGAUUUUAUUAAUGACAUUCGAGUACUUAAAAGUACUUUCUCUUUUAUGUCAAAUCUUUUCCUGAAGUCAAAUAAUAUUAUUUGUUUAUAUAAAUUGUUUGGACAAAUUGCUCUAGAUCCUGAAUUUUCUGAAGCCGUUUUUGGAGGCAAACCUCUAAAAAAUUUGGGACUUUCUGAUGUUGCAAAUUAUUUUCUUGGAAUUCAAGUGGAAAAAAGUGAAAGGACUGGAAAUUGGAGUCAACGACCUUUACGACUUGAACAGAAAAAAUAUGCUGCAUUGGAUGCUCAUUGUUUAGUUCAAUUAUACAGGAAAGUUUCUCCUUUAAUUUUAAAAUUACGUGAAGAUCAACAAAAUUCUUUGCAAAAUUGUGCUUUAAUUAAAUUUAUAAAUGAAGAGGAAAAGAAACAACAAAAUUAUGUUUUAGAUGAUGGUCAAGUUAUGGCAUCACAUGAACUUAAUGAUGAAGCUGCAAAUUCGUCAAAUGGGCCCUUAAAGUCUAUUAAUGAUGUUAGAUUUGUUGUUGAUUCUAUGCUUUUUGGAUUAGGCAAAGUUUUGAGAAAAUGUGGCUUCGAUACUCGAUUAAUUGGUGAUCGUAAAAAAAUUGUGGAAUUUUGUCAAAUGGAAAACAACAAAGAUUUUAUUGUUUUAAGUACCGGAAAAGGCCAUAAACAAUUGGAAACUUUAUUAAAUCCUGAAAGAGUUUUCUUUGUUCCCAUCAGUACAACAAGAGGAGCUACAAAGCCUUCACAAUUAGUUAACCAUAUAAUGCAUGAAUUGAGAAUUUUAAUACGCCCAGAAGAUUUGUGGUCAAGAUGUGUUGAAUGUAAUAAAAGAGCUUUUGUGCCUGUUCCCAUGCAAAUUAUUCAAUUGCUUUUUUAUAUGAAUGCUGUACGACUUGGAGCGGAUUGGUUAGAAAUUUCUGAAGAGGAUUUACAAGAUUGUUUCUAUAAAUUAAAACUUGAAAGUCAACAAACAAUUAGAAUUACACCAGAAAUGCAUAGUGGAAAACAUCCAAGGAAAGACAGAAGUUUGUUGGGUAAUAAGAACUAUUUUGUCUACGAGGAUGACUCUUUCGUUAUAUGUGAAACACGUACAUGCGCAAUUGAUAUAAUAAAUAAGUUGAUUCUAGCUGACAGUAGUGGCGGUCCAACAGCAAUCCAUGUUGGACUAAAAUACAAGAAAGAGACGUUUGAAGCGGAUGAUCUUGAGUUCUUCGUUUGCUCAAAGUGUGGCAAAGUGCAAUUCAACAAUCAGGGAAGUGAAGAUUAGAAAA